AAUACACACAUCUAGAUGUCUCAAUUUCUGUAGCAAGUAUUCCCGGAGGGAGUACUCAACAAGUCAAGCUGACCGUUUCUUGGAUCAUGGUGUCAAAUAUGUCCCUGUUAACGUUACUUUCCGACUUAAAUACUAGUCCAUAUCUGCAUUUCUCACUUCAUCAGCUUGCUCCUAGCAGUACUACUUGUCUUCUUCACCUGUUGUUUGUCUGUGCUUACCUUCUCCACCUUACAGGUUCCUCGUUCAGCUCUUUUGUGCGUGCCAUACUGCGUCCCCCACAAUAGCUGCCGACGACCUAACCUGCCUGCCUACCACCACGCGCGCGCGCAAGCACAAACCCUACAGCUCAAAGCCAUGGACGCGCCGCGGCCACGGUCGCCUCCUCCUCUGUUCAUGCCAACCACGCCUCCCCCAGCCCCACCGCCACCGCCACCGCUAUCCUCCUCGCCCUCCCCCGACUUCUCCUUCUCCUUCCCUCCUUUCCCUCCAUCGCCUCCACCUUCUCACGUCCACCUCCGCGUCCUUCCGCUUCCGGCCGCCGCCGACAUGUCCAGGACACCCCUCGGCCGCGUCGGCAGCGACAUCAGCCACAACAACUACGCCAAAGCCAACCACCGUCAAGCCACGAGCCACAGCAGCUGCAGCAGCGAUGACAGGGACCGGGCCAAGGCCAGGGCGUCGCCUUUCUUCCCCGGCCUCGGCGGCGCGUGGAGACCAGGCGAGGGCAGAGACGACACGGCCGGCAAGGCCGAGGAGGACAGGAAGAAGGUGAAGGGGAAGAGAGGGCCGCUGGAGGUGGGCCAGCGGGUGAAGAAGUACAUGGCGUCCCUGGUGGAGCAGCUGCUCGCCUCCUUCUCCCGGCACGGCGAGCGGGACAGGCGGGGCCAGCGGCGGAGGCCGCACACGUUCUCGGUGAACGGGCCGGGCGCCGCCGCGACGAUGGAGCGGGAGCGGUGGAGGCAGAGGCGCGGGCAUCUGUCGUCGGCGCCGGCGUCGCUGCGCGCGUCUCCGGUGAACAGCGGCCACCUGUCGGUGGGCGGGUCGCUGGUGAAGGUGUCGACGUCGUCGGAGGAGAGCACGAUGGAGGAGCUGCAGAGCGCCAUCCAGGCCGCCAUCGCGCACUGCAAGAACUCCAUCGCCGUGGCCAAGCAGUAGUACGUAGACUAGACUGCCGGGGCCGGCCGGGGCACAGGCAGGCUAGUGUAAAUGGUAGGGUAGUGGCGUGGCGUGGCGUGCGUCGCUGCACGCUCCCGACGAGAUCGCCAUGCGUGCGUAUUGCUUCCGUAUCACAACACAAGUCCUCGGUGGACAGGUCGCGGAUGCGAACUUCACUCUGUUCCACUUCCAUCUCAGAUUUUCUUGCUUGCGACUGCAAAGAUGUAAACAAUAUUACUAUGGAAAAUAGCCAAAAUAGGUAGUGAGCAUUUUUUUUCGUGUGCGAGCAAAAUAGGUAGUGAGCAUGUACUAUGUCUUUGCAAGAUUUUUCUCGCUUAUACUU